AAAGAAACGAAGUUUGGACGACUCUCAAUCCGAUGCGUCGUCAACAUCGAGCUAUCUGCUAGUUACAGGCAAAACUCAGAGCGAGCAUAAUGAUGACAGUUCAUAUUAUACGCAGAGUUUUGAGAGUAACAUGACUGAUCAAGAUGAAGAGGGUCCGGAUGAUGAAGCGGCAAAAACAGUAGGCUCACCGGCGACAUAUGAAGAUUUGAGAGAAGAGAUCAUGAACAUAUUUAAGAAUGGAUGCAAAUUCAUUAUAGGUAUUGACUAUACAGUUAGCAAUACGACACAAGGUAGUAGUAGUUUCGGUGGAAAGUGCCUCCAUGAUGUGUUGUCCGUCAAUCCAUACCAAAAGGUAAUUACCUGUCUUGGUGAAACGAUUGAGAGUUUGAUAGGAAACGAAGAUGUCAUCCAUGCCUUUGGAUUUGGUGAUAGUAAAGUGAGGAAUAAAGACGUCUUUCCUCUAAAUCCAGAUAAACAGUGCAGAACGUAUUUGGAUGUUUACGACUCGUACAACACCAUUACAAAUAGAAUACGAUUUGGUAACCCGACGGAUUUUUCGCCAAUAAUAAACAAAGCGUUAGAUAUUGUGAACGAAACAAAUGAGUUCCACGUCCUACUUAUAAUUUCGGACUGUCAAGUAUCCGAGGUCAAAAGAACAAAAGACGCACUUAUUCGAGCAUCUCAAUACGCUCUGUCCAUCGUCGUCAUUGGGAUUGGUGAUGGCCCAUGGACAUUGAUGGAACAAAUGGAGGCUACUGGUAAUCGUGAUGAGAAAAUGUCUAACUUUAAUUUUGUGAAUUAUAACCACAUAGUGUCUAAAGCCGCGAAUCCAGAUAUUGAAGUAGCAGAGGCGAUUCUGCAAAACAUGAAGAGCCAACGGCGUUUUCUACAUGAUAUGGGUUAUCUUGAGGAUUAGACAAAAUAGCCAGUAAAUGAUAAAAUACAUUUCGGACACGACAAAGCAUGUUAUUUCAGUGAUAA